AUGCGCUGCUCUGAUCCCAGAUUACAACAAGACGUUAAGAAGGCUACCUUUGUUUUGAAUAUGGCAAAAGAGAGGUUACGAGUUUUGGAGGAGGUUGUUAACGAGCCAAGUGCACCUCCGAAAGAGGAAGAUAUGGACUUGUCAAAUUUGUUGGAAGAUAUGGAUGAUAUCCAUAGUCUCCUUUCUGGUGCUCAAGAGGCAAAGGAAGUCAUUAGCAUUCCAUCGGGUAUCUCCAUAUUUGAUGUUGAUGGUGCUGGGGAAGUCACCCAAACCGGUAAGAAUGUCUCCGCGAAGGUGAGUCACCUGAUCUCAUCCAAGUACACUAACCCUGUAUCGUGUCUCCAGAUAGGAGAGAUGAUGUAUCCACUGGUCUCUAAAGCCUCUCCAGUGCUCCAGGUCGGGGAGAAGCAGUUCAUGUUCCCAUCCUUAACUCAAGCUAAUAAAUACAUGGGGGUCAUCCUUGAGAAUGUAGACUCCAAACAGGUGGCUGAUUUUCAGAAGUUGAUCAUGUCCCUCACCAACCUCCACGUCAAAUCUUGGGAUGACGUGAUCCUGGAUGAUAGUUCUAGUAGUGUACAGAGUGUAGAACCAGUCCGACCACCGCCCCCAACACGACCCCCUGCUCUCUCCACAUCAGAGUCCAGCACUGUAGUUAAACCGUAUCUGAGAGAGGAUCCUCCAGCUCCUCGGACAGUUGAUAAAGUAUCAGGAGGUAUCAGGCCUGCUGAGGUGGUGUCCAUGGGCCUUGUUUGGGGUUCUAAAGUUGGAGGAGACUUGUUGCGGAAAGGAGCACAUUCUCUGAAAGAGCACAUCAAACCAAGCACCAGGAAUGUAGAGAUAAGUGAUAACACUCGGCAACAGAUUGCAACUCUCCGAGAUACCACUAAAAACGUGUCCGUCCUGACGGGACAAGCUGUUUGUCAGCUAGCUUCAGGGAUAUCAGCCCUCGCUAAACUGGUUGCUCCACAUGUUACUGCUGGCGUUAAAAAAGUAGUCGGCUCAUCAGAUAACAAGUAUGUGGCGGGUGCUAAGAGCAGAAUAUCAGAACAAAACGUGAAGGACGCCUGUCAGGUGGGAGCCAGUGCACUGGCAGGAUUAGCGACACUGUAUGAUGGUCUGGAGGAAGGAGCCAAGAACCUGGGGCGGGCCCUGGCUGAGGGCGCUAAUGUGACAGUGACAGCUAGAUACGGCGAGGCUGCUGGGUCAGUUGCUGAGGAUAGCAUUCACAGUGUUGUUAAUGUGGGUUUAACUUAUGGGCAGGCUCGGAAACUGGGCGGGAAAGCAUUGGUUAAGCGAACUGCGAAGUCUACUGCUAGUGAGGUUGUGAGACACAACGCUAACGGUCAGACACAGUGAAUUUUAUAGUUUUCUAAAAUAUCACGUACUUGUACGUGUUCAUGUUAAUAGUAUUGUGUAUAAUCUUGGAGGAUUUAUACGCUUAAUUUUAUUAC